AUGGGGGAAAAACAAAGGCUUUGGAACUACAAAGAACAAAUCUUGCAGUUCCUUAUAAUGGUGACCCUUUUGGAGGCAGUUUCUGGGCAGAUCCACUACUCUAUUCCCGAGGAGAUGCAUAAAGGCUCUUUUGUAGGGGAUAUUGCAAAGGACCUGGGGAUGAACAGAAAACAGCUUGAAGACCAUGGACUGCGGAUUGCUACAAGUACAGGUAUGAUUCAGUACUUUGAACUGAAUUCCAACAGUGGUUACUUACAAAUCUCUGAGAUAAUAGACAGAGAAGAAAUCUGUGGAUGGGCAGAGAUGUGCAUCUUAAAGUUACAACUUAUCUCUGAGAGUAAAUUAAAGAUUUAUGGAAUUCAAGUAGAAAUUAUGGAUAUAAAUGAUAAUGCUCCGUGCUUUCUGCCAAAAGGAUGGGCACUGAAAAUCAGUGAGACAUCUACACCUGGAUCUCGCUUCCCUCUUCCUGAAGCUCAGGAUCCAGAUCUGGGCACAAAUUCCAUACAGAGCUACCAACUUGAUGGCAGUAGCCAUUUUUCUCUGGAUGAACAAAGAGGAGAAAAUGGUGCCAAGCAUGUUGAAAUGCUGUUGGAAAAGCCUCUAGACAGGGAACAGCAAUCACUCUACAAUCUAACCCUUACAGCUCUUGAUGGAGGGGAUCCACUCAGGUCUGGCACUGUGCAAAUACACAUCAUUGUUCUAGAUGCAAAUGAUAAUGCUCCAGUCUUCAGUCACCCAGUCUAUGAAGUGAGUGUCAAUGAGAAUAUUCCCAAAGGGUCCACAUUGGCUACAGUAAGAGCCACUGAUAUGGAUGAAGGAAUCAAUGGAGAGCUAAAAUACUCCCUACAAAAAAUCACAAGGAAGGACUCCCAGAUGUUCCUAUUAAACUCCAUAACAGGAGAAAUUACCCUUGCUGGGAACCUUGACUUUGAAAUAUCAUCCUUACAUGAAUUUGAAGUGCAAGCCAUGGAUGGGGGAGGACUGAGCGACAGAUCAAAGGUUGUGAUCUUCAUUACAGAUUUGAAUGAUAACGAACCAGAAUUAGCAAUAAACUUUGUAACCAACUCUGUCCUUGAGAACUCAUCAACUGGGACUGUAAUUGCCAUUUUAAAUGUACAAGACAGAGAUUCAGGAGUCAAUGGGCAAGUCAAAUGCUCCAUACCCAACAAUGUCCCUUUUCAGCUGAAAAAGUCAAUGGACAAUUUUUACACCUUGGUGACAGACAGACCGCUUGACAGGGAACAAGUAGCAGCCUACAAUAUCACUGUUACAGCAACCGAUGAUGGGUCUCCAACAUUAUCAGCAUCAGCCAUUGUUUCGCUCCAGGUGUUAGACACAAAUGACAACCCUCCACUCUUUGCAGAAUCAACCUACACUUCUUAUCUUCUAGAAAAUAACCCAAGAGGAGUGUCAGUCUUUUCCCUGAAAGCAAAUGAUCCAGACUGGGAAAAGAAUGCACAAAUAGGUUAUUCCAUCAUUGAAGGUCAGAUGAGCGAGUCUCUUCUCUCUUCUUUCCUCUCUAUUAACUCGGAGACUGGAGUUGUCUAUGCCUUGAGUUCAUUUGAUUAUGAAGAAUUUCAGGAGAUUCAGUUCCAGGUCAAAGCUCAGGAUGGAGGCUCCCCACCACUCAGCUCCAACGUCUCAGUGACUCUCUUCAUCCUCGAUCAGAAUGACAAUGGCCCAGAAAUCUUGUAUCCUUCCCCUCCCACUGAUGGCUCCACUGGAGUGGAACUGGCUCCUCACUCCUCUGAGCCAGGUUACCUGGUCACUAAGGUGGUGGCCGUGGAUGCGGACUCUGGCCAGAAUGCCUGGCUUUCUUAUCAGCUGAUCAAAGCCACAGAGCCCGGGCUCUUCACUGUGGGACUCCACACUGGAGAGAUCAGGACAGCCCGUUUCUUUCUGGAGAAGGAUGCUCUAAAACAAAGCCUGGUGGUUUUAGUGAAGGACAAUGGGCAGCCGCCUCUCUCUGCCUCAGUCACUGUCACUGUGGUGCUGGCUGACAGCAUCCCUGAAAGCCUCUCAGAUCUCAGCAGCAUCUCAGCUCCUAUAGAGGAUCCCCAGUCUGACCUCACCUUCUACCUGGUGGUUGCCGUGGCUUUUGUCUCCUGCUUGUUUUUCACCUUCCUUCUUGUAUUGUUGGCCCUUCGACUCCACAAGUGGAGAAAUUCUCAGCUAUGUGACUCUAGAAGUGUGAAUUUUAGCGGAGUUCCAGUUUCACAGUUUGUGGGCAUUGAUGGAGUCCGAGCAUUUCUUCAGUCUUAUUGCCAGGAGGUUUCAUUGACUUCAGGCUCUCAAAAAAGCCGGAUUCUUUUUCCAAUUGGAAGCUGUACCAAUACCCUGACAGCACAGAAGGCAUCUGAUGAACCAGAUCCAUUGUUAAUCAUAGGUGAUUCUAACACUACUCAGGAGGCACCAAUCUAUCAGGUAAUCAUGCACUUUUAA